AUGGCUUCAGUCCGCCGCAUUGCCCAGAUUGUCUACCUCAAGCCCUCCGCCGUGGCUGCAUACAAAGAAUGCCAUGCCAACGUCUGGCCCGAGGUCCUGCAGCAGAUCGAGGACUGCAACAUCAAGGAUUACUCGAUUUUCUACGACAAUGACCGCACAUUAUUCGCGACUAUGAAGUACGUUGGCACAGACUUCGAAGGAGACAUGGAGCGCAUGCGGGCGAACCCCAAAGUGAGGGAGUGGUGGGCUAUGACUGAUGGGAUGCAGGAGAGCCCCAUUCCCGGCGCUGUGAGCAGUGCUGAUGGCCCCGGGUGGUGGAAGUCGUUGGACGAGGUGUUCUACAAAGAGUAA